AUGCAGCUCCUCAAGACCCUUCUUCUCGCGACCGCGGCCUUUGCUCCGCUCUCCCUUGCGUCCGUCGCAAACGGCGAUGCCGGCGAAACCGAAUCCAUCACCUCAACUCGCACUACAACCAUCACCAUCAAGCUCGUUUCCUCUACGACCCCAACCCCAACUCCUACCUCUGCCUCUACCACCACCACUACUACCACUACUACCACUACGACUUCCACGAGCACUCCCAUCAUCAAGACGCCUACGCACACGCCUAUCUACACGCCUAUUUACACGCCCAGCCCUAGCAGCUCCGUCAUUGUCACCAGCGCCUCUACCAUCAAGCCCGUUCCCUCGCACACCGGCGGAUCUGGUGAAGAGUCUACCACUGCGACCACGACUGUUUCGCAACCGCCUGCUGAGGCAACUUUUACCGGCGCUGCCGCUCCUGCUGCGAAGCUCUCGGGUGCCGGUGUGAUGGGCGCUGGAUUGGCUGCUAUUGCGUUCAUGCUGUAG